AUGUCGUCAUCAAGUGAAAAUAUGAUAUUAAGUGCUAUAUGCACUCGGGCAAUUCUAAAUUUAUUUUGUAAAAUCUUGUUUCGUUUUUUACACUUUUUUCUCAAUGGUCUUAUUCUUCGUCAAAUUGAUGUAAACAUAAUUGGAAUAGCCAAUGUACGUCUACAAUUACUCUAUACAACGAUAUUAUUUCUAUCUCGUGAAGCAUUUCGUCGAACAGUACCAAAAUUAAAUGAUCGAAGUUCUAUUCAUCAUUAUAUUAAUUUAGUUUGGUUGAUACUUCCCGCCGGUUUAUUUAUAAUAUCAUUUACAUUACCGUUUACAUUAUUUAUUCAAACAGAUGGUGCUGAAAAAUAUCCAUUUUAUUACUAUGCAUGUUCAUUCUAUGCUUUGGCAGCGUUUAUUGAGCUUUUAUCCGAACCAUUUUACUUAUUAGCCACGGUAACAUUAAAUUAUCAUAUUAAUAUUUACAUUGAAAUGUUUGCGUCGACUGUCGGAUUCACAAUUCAAGCAAUUCUCAUUUAUAUGAAUCGUCAAUCAGCGCUUUAUUUCUAUGGUUUUGGUUACAUAAUAUAUUCUUUAUUAAUAACAGCAAGUUAUUAUCUAUAUUUUUUAACUCGUCCAAAAGAAGAACGUCGUCGUUUAUUUAAAAUAUCAUCAUUGAAAGAUUUGAUAAUAAAACCAACACAUCCAUAUUUCGAUUAUAAGUUAUUUAAUGAAACGAAAACAUUUUUUAAACAAGGAGUUUGGAUGAAACUUUUAACUGAAGGUGAAAGAUAUAUUAUGUCCAUAUUUAAUCUUAUUUCAUAUAAAGAUCAAGCAAUAUUUGAUACAAUUAACAAUUUAGGUUCACUUUUGCCACGUUUAAUCUUUUCAACGUUGGAAGAAAGUGCUUAUACUUAUUUUCAACAAACAUUAUCAAGAACCAAAACAAUUCAAGAUCAACAUAUUCAAGAUGAUCAAAUGUUAAGUGUAUCAGAACAAGAUGAAGUAAUCGAAAAAAAAGUUUCAUCAUCAUUAUCAGCAGAACAACAAACAAUUAAAUUAAACGCAUUAACAUUUUAUAAUUAUUUACUUCGUUUUGUGAUAAUAAUAUCACUAUUAGUCAUAACAUUUGGUAUUCCAUAUUCUCGAAUUAUUCUUAAUUUCUAUGGUGGUUCAAAUUUAAUUGAAGGUUCUGGUCCAACACUUCUUCGUUUAUAUUGUAUUUAUAUAUUAUUUCUUGCAAUAAAUGGAAUCACUGAGGCAUUUUCUCAGGCAACGAUGCCAAUAGAACAAUUAGAAAAAUAUAAAAAUUUAAUAUCAAUCUUUGCUUUAUUUUAUCUUGGAAUAUUUUAUAUUUUAAUAAAUAUAAUUGGUAUAUAUGGAAUAAUAAUAGCUAAUUGUUUGAAUAUGUUAUUACGUAUCAUAACAAAUUUAUAUUAUAUUCAUCAAUAUUUUGAUUCCAUGCAAAGAUCAAAUCCAUUUCAAUUUUCAUUUUAUUAUUUAUUUACAUUAUUUUUAUCAUCAUGUAUUUGUUAUUAUAGUGAAACAUGGUUCGCUAAUACUUUGAUUCAUUUUAUUUUUGGAAUUUUCUUAGGUUCUGGAAUGUUGCUUGUAACCUGGAAGCAAGAAAAAGAAAUGAUUCAUUAUAUAUAUUGCAUUUUAAGAUUAAAUCUUCAGAAGAAAAUUUCUUAA